UAUUGAAGGAAUAAAUGAGAACAAAACUUAUCAUAAAUUUGUUUGCCACCCACAAACCCAAGCUCAACAAAGAGGAAAUCAAACAAUUCAAAGCUCUAUGGAUUCAACUACAUUCAUUUCAGAGCUAAUAACCUGAUACAUCACUGUUCACUCCCUAUUUCUCCUCUCGUCUGUCUGACUAUUACACAGUGAUUUGUGAUUAUAAUUUCUAUUCUUCCCCUGUUUCCCUCUGCAUCUCUCCCUGCAAUCAUGGCUGCUGUUGCAGAGAACCCAAAGGCAGCGGAAGAAAUUAGACUAAGAAGACAGCCCAUUUCAACUUCAGAUCCAGACCCACAAAUCGCUUCUAUCAUUCAAUCUACUCGUCGUAAAUCCACCAUCUCUUCCUUGCUUCUUUCCACUUUCACUAAUAACACCAACAACACGAACACGAAGAACGUCAGAAACAGCAACAAUAACAAUGUUUCCGAUGUGUCGUCGACGUUACAGCACAAAAAGAAGAACUUUACAUCGGCGACAUUCGGAGGGCUUGGGUGUGCUACAUCUUCACAUGUGUCGGCGCCGGAGGCUAUUCGGUCUUCGGCAGAUUGGCAAGCUAAGAAAGUGAGGAAGAAGAAGCAGAGGAACUCGCACAGGAAGAAGAGCCAGCAGGGGUUGACGACGCCAACAACUGUGGCGAACCCGACUUCCGUUGCUGUUGUUCCUGAUGUUUGGUGCUCUCCAGGGAUCGCUUUCGUCGCCGAUGCCGCCCCUGUUGAUUGUGUUGUAGCAAGAAGGCCUGUGGUGGGAAGAGGGAGAGUCGAUGGGGAGAGGAUGAAUCACAGAGAGCGUUCUUAUACCAUGAGGAGAGCUUCCAACCUUGAACACAUCUCAUUACUGGAUUCUCCAUCUGCCUAUGAGACAUUACACUCAGGAGCUGAUGUAUUUGGAGAUAGGCCUUACCGUCAUUUCCGCCAUCGAUCCCCAGGAGGACUUGCAGAGAUUGUGAUGUUCCAAAAUAGCCUGCUGCUUGGAGGAAGAUCACAUCAAUAUGAUCAAUAUAGGGAUUGGAGGCUUGAUGUUGAUAAUAUGUCAUAUGAGGAAUUGCUUGAGCUGGGUGAUAAAAUUGGUUAUGUAAGCAAUGGGUUGAGAGAAGAUGAGAUAUUCCACUGUCUCAGGAAAAAUAAACACUUGAUUAUGGAUAAUUACCCAUCAUCAUCUCUUCCAACUGAAUCAGAUUUGAAAUGCAGCAUUUGUCAAGAGGAAUAUGUAGCAGAUGAAGAGGUGGGAAAGCUGGAUUGUGGCCAUAGCUAUCACAUAUGUUGUAUUAAGCAGUGGCUUCUGCGUAAGAACGCUUGUCCUGUCUGCAAGGCAGUUGCAGCCGUUCAACAUUGAUACUGAAGGACUGACAUCCUCCUUUGGUUUCAUUGUCCUCUUGUUUUCGGAUCAUAGUGUAUUUGGUCUCAUCUAUUGCCUUGUGUAUAGAUUGAACUCGCAAAAUAAGCAAGCUUUUAUUCUUUGGUGUGCAA